CUUACUGCUGUCACUUUCAUCAGCCAUGUGAUUUUUAGCACAUUUGUUAAAUUGUUAUUGCCAUUCGUUCGUCAUAUCAUACGUAACCGUACAUAAUAUAAGACAACGGUCUUGACUGAGUCAGCGUAGAGAGAGAUGGGGAUAUUGAUAGUCAAUUAGUCAUAUUAUGAUAAUGAACAUAACCUGAUGUAUAUAAGGACAUAUUCAAUCGAAACUUAAAUACAACUUGAUUAUAGUAUAUUUUUAUUCAGAAAGUGGUGUAGGUUUAUUACAUUAAUUUUUUCAACGACAUUUCAAUCUACAAAGUAUGGCUAUUAACAAUCUUCAUUUAUUACCAAUAUCCUUAUUUAUUCUUUUUCCAACGACAUUUCUGGGAACUUAUAUUGCUGCUGUUCUACAAGGUCACGUUGAGCCUGAAUUUCCUUACAUAAGUGAUGAUGCUACUUAUUCACCGGAAAGCUGUGUGUUUGGACAGUUAAUAAACAUAGGAAGUGUUUUAUUGUGUCUUGUUAUCUACAUCCGUUACUGCGAAGUGGUCCAGUUCUUUGAUGAUUACUCAAUGUCACCAAGAGCAGCGAAAUUGAACAGAAUGGGGUUGUGGUUUGGUUUUUUGUCAUCAUUUGGACUUAGUCUGGUUGCUAAUUUCCAAGAAACCAAUGUUAUAUAUGUCCAUUUUGCUGGGGCUUUACUAUGCUUUGGGAUUGGAACAGUAUACUUCUGGGUCCAAGCAAUACUAUCCUAUCACAUGCACCCUGUGGCAAACAGUCUGGCAAUGGCACGGCUGCGGGUUAUGUUGUCUGUUAUAACUUCGGUGCUAUUUUUUGUUAUUGUUGUAACUGGAAUCAUAUCUCAUCUCCAAUUUCAUGGGAGCAAUCCCCGUAAGUGGCACCCAGAGGAUGGUGGCUGGGUAUUACAUGUGAUCAGCACUGCAUCUGAGUGGAUCGUAGCAAUAUGUUUCUGUUUAUAUAUUUUAUCAUUUUCAUCAGAGUUUAGAGAAAUUACAUUUACUCAUCCUCAGAUAUUUUUGAGAAUGGGAAGACAGCAAAUUUUAGAAACAAAUGAAGAAGUAAUAAGUUGAUCUGUAGAAGAAGAGCCUUCUCAUGAAUCAUUGACUAAUCAGCUAUCAAUCUCAACAAGCUCUUUAUCUUCAGUAUCAGACUUGGAUGAAGAGCAAUCAGCAUCGAGCGAGGAGAAAUUAGAUAAUGACUCAGAAGAUGGAAGAAGUAGACUUGUAGCAUUGUCUCUAUCUCUUCUUAUGGCAGCAAUUCUACAAGCUAUUAGAUCCCUGGGAACGCUCUUGCAGGACGUGGUGCAUACAUUUCACUGGGAUGUUGAUUCUCAGUAGCAACCAAGCAAUAUGUUACGUUUUAAACAUUUACUAUGUUCUGUAAUUAAAAAUGUAUUACAUUUCAAAUGUAAUUUUCAAACAUUAUACAUCUCAAUUGACUAGUUGUUCAUAAAUAGUGCCAAGUAUUUACCAAAAUUUCCAUUACCUGAAAAUGGAUAUGUUUGUUAAGUCAUUAGUCAUAUAACCAUUACAGCAAAUAAAACAUUACUUUGUUCAAAAGUAAUAAAUUUAAAAAAGGUUCAAAAAGGUAUUAUUUUUUGAACUCAUACUAGAAAAAAUUGGAUAUGUAUUAUUAAUUUAUAAUUUUCAUUCUUAAGAUGUUAAUAUUUUUUCAAGAAACAAAUUUUAUUGUUAUUAGUGCCAUUAGUGUUUAAUUGUUAUUUUAAAGGUGCAGUAGAAGUUUGAUUAAUCGAACUAAAUAGGACAGGGCAUCAUUAGAUACAAAUAACAUUAAAAAUGGAAUAAAAUAUAUAAAUUAACAGAAAAAUAGUUGUGUUUUAUCUCAGUACUGUCAUUAUUGAAAUUUACAAUGGCCAGUAAAACCAUACAAAUAGUGUGGUGUGAUUCCGCUGUUCUGCACAUCAAAAACAGACCUGGUAUCUUAAGCAUAAUACUUUACAUACUUUAUAAAGGAUUAUUAAUUUUGUUAUGUCUUCAGCUAAACUGGCAGCUCGAAUAAUCAAACUUUUACUGUAUUUAUAUUUUUAGGAAAUUCUAGUUCCUGACUUAAGUAAGAAAUGCUAAAUAUAAUAAAGUAUUAAUUUUACUAUAA